CUCGCGGCCGGAGGGCGGCGCGGGGUGGGGGGGCGGACUCGAGCGCGCGCAGGCACCCGGGCCCGCGCGCCUCGCUGCCUCGUCCUCGCCCCGGGCUGCCCGGCCCCUCCCCUCCCCCGCGAGCUGCGCACCGGCUGCCGGCUGACCCAGCAGCCCGCGCCCGCGCCCUUGUCCACGCGAGCCGGCGGCGGGCUCCAGUUAGCCGGCGACAUGAGCGGCGGCGGCAGCGGCGGCGACGACGUGGUGUGUACCGGCUGGCUAAGGAAAUCGCCUCCCGAGAAGAAGUUGAGGCGCUAUGCCUGGAAGAAACGCUGGUUUAUACUGCGGAGUGGCCGGAUGAGUGGAGACCCAGAUGUUCUGGAAUACUACAAGAAUGAGCACUCCAAGAAACCCCUGCGGAUCAUCAACCUGAACCUCUGUGAGCAGGUGGAUGCAGGCCUGACCUUCAACAAGAAAGAGCUGCAGGAUAGUUUCGUAUUUGAUAUCAAAACCAGCGAGCGCACGUUUUAUCUGGUGGCUGAGACAGAGGCUGACAUGAAUAAGUGGGUCCAGAGCAUCUGCCAGAUCUGCGGCUUCAAUCAGGCUGAGGAGAGCACAGACUCCCUGAGAAACCUUUCUUCAGCCAGUCAUGGCCCCCGCUCUUCGCCAGCUGAGUUCAGCUCCAGUCAGCAUCUGCUCCGGGAACGGAAGUCCUCAGCCCCUUCGCACUCUAGCCAGCCCACUUUGUUCACGUUUGAGCCCCCUGUGUCAAGCCACAUGCAGCCUGCCUUGUCCACCAGUGCACCUCAGGAGUAUCUCUACUUGCACCAGUGCAUAAGCAGGAGGACAGAAAAUGCAAGGAGCGCCAGCUUCUCCCAGGGUACCCGGCAGAAGAGUGAUUCAGCUGUGCAAAAACUUGCCCAGAGCAAUGGGCACUGUAUCAAUGGAGUCGGCAGUCAAGUCCAUGGCUUCUAUAGCCUUCCCAAGCCAAGCCGACACAAUGCAGAAUUCAAAGACAGUACUUAUGAUCUACCACGGAGCCUGGCUUCGCAUGGCCACACCAAGAGCAGCCUCACGGGGUCUGAGACUGAUAAUGAAGAUGUGUACACCUUCAAGAUGCCUAGCAACACCCUGUGUCGGGAGUUUGGAGACCUCCUUGUGGACAAUAUGGACGUUCCAACCAGCCCUCUCUCAGCCUACCAGAUCCCUAGAACAUUCACACUGGACAAGAACCACAAUGCCAUGACAGUGGCCACUCCUGGAGAUUCAGCCAUAGCUCCCCCACCCCGGCCCCCCAAGCCAAGUCAGGCAGAAACAUCUCGAUGGGUCAGCCCUCAGCAAAGACCUCCAGUCAGUGAAAAUAGCAGAUCUGUAGCUGCUACUAUCCCCAGGCGCAAUACCCUCCCUGCAAUGGACAACAGCCGACUCCACCGAGCUUCUUCCUGUGAGACCUAUGAGUACCCAACACGAGGCAGCGGAGAAAGUGCCAGCUGGUCUGCUGAAUCUCCAGGAAAGACUGCCGUGGGUCGAUCAAAUAGUGCCAGCUCUGAUGACAACUACGUGCCCAUGAACCCAGGUUCUUCUACCCUGCUGGCUAUGGAACGACCAGGGGACAAUUCCCAAAGUGUCUACAUCCCCAUGAGCCCAGGGCCUCAUCACUUUGACCCACUUGGAUACCCGUCCACAGCCCUUCCUAUUCACAGAGGCCCCAGCCGAGGAAGUGAGAUCCAGCCACCCCCAGUCAACCGAAAUCUCAAGCCUGACAGAAAAGCAAAGCCAACACCCCUUGACCUGAGAAACAACACUGUCAUUGAUGAGCUCCCCUUCAAGUCACCUGUCACCAAGUCUUGGUCCAGAAUCAACCACACCUUUAACUCCAGUUCCUCGCAGUACUGCCGGCCUAUCUCCACACAAAGCAUCACCAGCACAGACUCAGGAGACAGUGAGGAGAACUAUGUCCCUAUGCAAAAUCCAGUAUCUGCAUCCCCUGUUCCCAGUGGCACUAACAGCCCAGCUCCAAAGAAGAGUACUGGCAGUGUGGAUUACCUAGCCCUGGACUUCCAGCCGGCCUCCCCGAGCCCUCACCGAAAGCCAUCCACAUCAUCUGUCACAUCAGAUGAGAAGGUAGACUAUGUCCAAGUGGAUAAAGAGAAGACCCAGGCCCUGCAGAGCACCAUGCAGGAGUGGACAGAUGUGCGGCAGUCCUCCGAACCUUCCAAGGGUGCCAAGCUGUAAUGAAGGGGCCACCGAGCUCAAGAGCCAUGAGGCAGCCGCCCAGCCCUGCCUCUGCUGUCACCUCCUUCUCCAUUUCUUCCCACACCUCCUCUCCCCUGUACCACUUUCAACCUUCAAAGCACUCAACAUCAGAGACCUGACCCUACCCCAUCAGAGGCAAGGGCCUGGUGGAGACACUUCCUCUACCACUUGGGUUCCACCUACGACUUCUGUCAAUACUAGUUGUGCCUCCACCACCUUAGUUAGGAGCUGUUGCCAAAAAAGCUUCCUGCUUUGGACCCAUUUGUCUGCCACUUGGACUCUUAGAGGGAGGGCUGAAGCUCUGAGCUAGGCUCAUGCGUCAUGUCUGCUCACUGCUCUCUACCCUCUACCUCAGGGCUGCUUCUCCAACCCAGCGGAGGUUGAUGACCCAGUGAGCCAAGAACCAGCAGACCAAAGUCCACAUGGGCUUUCAUAUCCCUGCUGUUUUGGCAAGGAAAAGGCAAGGUACCACAAGAAGAAAUGGUUGAUAGUGGAAGUUGGAAGUUGCCUUGAGUGAGGAAGAAAUUAGUUGUUCAGAUAUGGGAGUAUAGCCGAUAGCCUGCGGGGUGGUGCUCAGUAUCAGGCCAUGGUACACCUCUGCUCUAGACUGGGAGAGGCAAAGGAGGAAGGACAGCUGGAAGGAACCUGAUGAUCAGCAGCCAGGAACAACAAAGAACAGAAGUCUUUGGAGAGACAAAGCUUGGAGCUGGAGGACUCUGCCACUCUAGGAUGGGCCGUCCUCUUCCUGGCCUGGAUGAAGAAAUGAGACAGAGUGGGGAAGACAGUAGCAGGUGAUGUGGGGGAUGGGAGGCAGGAAGAUCCUGAGACAAGAAUGUGCCAGGCACAGAGCAAUGUGGGGACACUGCCACAGAAAGAAAGUUUCUAGUAGGUAGGGGGGAUGAUGUAGGGACCGGGAGGCAGGCAAGACAUGUACCAAGUGGGGAUGUGUGUCCAAAGGGCCUGAUGGGGAACCCAAGGCCACAUGCAGGGUCACAGCAGGGGCAGAAUUAGAGGAGCCAUAGAUGACCAAGGAAAUCCAGAGAGUGUAUGAGGGUCUGGGAAUGGCUUGUGCCAGACAGAAGCGCCUCUGACCUAGUGCCAGGCCAAGUCUUUUCUCUGCUGUCCUCAGCUGCAGGGACGGUAGAAACUAACCCUCUCCUCCCAUGGCUUCAGAGGUCACCAGAGCAGAAGGAAUAGGAAGCUGUCAUCACCUAAGGCUCUUAAUAUAGGGCAGGGAGAUCUGAAUGUGUUUGUGUUAAAAGUUGACCAAAUUUUCAAGCAUUUCAUUUCAGAAGAAAAACAGGGCAAACCAGCAUUUCAUUUAGCCCUAGAUGAACAGAUUGUUGUCCUCUAAAAACUAGGACUGUUCAGCAACUAAAGGCACACCUCACCUCUCCUCCAGAGAGCCCUGUCUAGGAGUUCCUCUGCCGUAGCCCCUCUCCUCACACUAGGAUGGAUCAUUUACUAAUGGUGGCCAAGCCCUGUGCUACAGAUGAAUCAUGCCUGUCCCGAACUACAGUCACAGUCAGUGAGAAAAGUAAAUGACAAAGAUGACUGGCAAGGACAUCAAAAGAGAACGUGCUGGAGAAGACAGAGCCGCAGGGAGGGUAGGCCUUGAGGAGAGAGCAGAGCCGGGUUGUAGGCAGAAAGAGUGGUCAGAGGUGACUCCAUGGAGGAGACAGAUGAGGGGAGCCUCAGCUGUGGGAAAGGAAGGUCCUUGAAGGUAUGAAGCCAGCCUCAGAAGUGUGCACUGUCACCGUGAGUGAAGCGGGGCUAUGAAUGGUUGCACUGAGCACGAGGUACUUGGCUGACUCUGCCCAUCCUCAUGGUGUCCUUCAAGGCCUUCAGUGGGUCUCCCAUGUGGCUCAGCUUUUGACUGAUGCUGCUGGAGCUCAUAGCAGGUCUAGGUAUCACUGGCCUCAGCAGCCACCCCAUAGACCCCAGAGUGCAUUUCUGAGUGGAGUGUGCCCUGUGAAUGGAGCUGGCUGCCAUACCAAGACUGAGGCAUUAUUCUAGUUAGUCUCAAGGCCUCUGCCUUGCUCUGGUUCCAAUCUGUGGAAAACUGAGCUCUGGCAAUUCUCAGUUUCCAGACUACUACCCUUGUCUAAUGUACCCACCCACCCAUCCAUCCUCCAACCCCCAAAUAGGAAAAGCCAAUUCCGUUUAGAAAAAAAAUAUCUUGGUUUACCCAUAAGUCAAAGUUCACUUCCCCCCGUGGCUAAUACCCAUCACUUUUUAGCUAGCAUAGCUCCCACAAGUACCUGCCCUAUAGGGCAGGGCCUCUUCCCACUUCAUCCUGCUAGAUUAAAUAUUAGUAGGAACAGUGAAGAAAGGGGGUGACAUCUCCUUGAUACUUGCCAGUCUGUGAAAUGGGAUGGUCACAGCUGAUACUCUGCUGCUGUAAGAACCGGGUGAUCCUUUGGAGGUCUGGGUUACUGGGUAAGAGCAGCACACGGGGCAUUAGCGCAUUAACUGCCUCCCUCUCUAUCUGGAUUUUGCUGAUAGCUACACUGACUCCAUGAAAAGCCACAUUCCCAGAACAGAAGCACAACCCUUCUGAAGUUACUGGAAUGAGGGUUCAGGUCUGCCUUUGGGCCCUUUAUCUGCCAGUAGCUAUAGUCCCAGCCAUGGCUCCCUCCCUCCCUGCACCAGAGCUUUGCAAGCUGUGAGAGGAGUAGCUCUUCCUUCCCAUUGGAGCCUCUGGCUGGAAAGUGUGGGGAAGCAGGCUGACCUUAGAGGGUCAUAUUUCUGGGACAUCCCAUAUCUGGGGUCUUGGAAAGGUAGGAACAGCCAAACUUGCCAAGGGCACCUGCUGAUCAUUUGUGCUGUCAUGAUGGUUAUCUGGUGGUGUUGUGUUCUUGUGUAAUCUGUUGGCUACUUGUAUCUUGAAAUUUAGAAUCAUUUCAUUCAGGAUUGUUACUAUUUGUUGGGAAGAAAAAAUGAAAUAGAAGCAGCCUAGUCUUACAUUGUGUCGUUACCAUUUAAGAUUGACAUUUAAUUUUUCAAGUCAUUGUUGGUGCCUAAUCACUUAAGUUAUUAAUUUAUUCUGUUUUCAAAAAGGUUGUAACAUAUUUAUCUUGUGGGGGUGGGGUGGGAAAUGUGUUCAAGUGAGUGCUGUUUCACAGUGGUAACAAAUGGUACAGGCCUGGAGCUUGCAGGUCCCUUUUUAUUAUGGUGUAGAAGCAGGACAAUAAAGUCCUUUAGAAAUGCAA